GGGGUCUGUAGCCCCGUGGGCAGCGGCGGCAGGAGACGGAACCCCUGCUGGCUCCCGUCCUGUCCCGGGACAUCCAGGGUCGGGCGCGACUGUUCCUCGGAUACGGACGGCAGGCGCCCAGCCCCGCGGAGGGAGGGCCUGGCGAUGGGUGUGAACGUACUGACGUGUUUCCCCUGGUACAGCAGGCGCAAGGAGCGCAGCAAGAUCACCAAGGGCCAGAGCCUGCAGGGUUCUGUGACCACACUGGCCUCCGUCCGCCAAAUCAAGCCCGGAGCUGUCGAUAACUGCGCUUACUUCAGCGAGAAAGCACGGGUGUCCUUCAGACACGAGCUGAACUCGCCCACCUCCGUCAUCAACUCCACCAACUGACGCCGCAGGACUCCGGCCCAAGUUGUGCCCCUCACUGUGAGACCGUUCAGCCUGCAGGGUGGGACUGGGGAAGUGUGCAGACCCCCGGCACCCCGUCCAUUGAUGUGACCUGGUCUGUGCAUGGAGCGUUCUCAUUCCCACUGGACGGGGGAGAACGCUGACAGCCUUUGUCCUGGAUGGCUCCACUUGUUCCAUCCCACUCCCGACCUGUGCCUUGUAGCUGAGGGAAAGGCGUUGGGAUGUCCGGAGGUGAGUCGCUCGCUGUCGGAUCCCCGGCCUCCUCUCGCCAAAGCAUUUAUGUGGCUGGUCAUACAGUCCCAGAGCACGAAAGUAGGCCCUUUGGCCCACCGUGGUCAUGCUGGCCAUCAGGUACCUGUCUAAACUCACCCCAUGGUCCAGCACUCGGCCUGUGGUCUUCAGUGAGGGCUCCGGUCAGCUUGCUUCAUAACAAGGGCGGUUCGCGUACCUCGUCUCUUCUGUCCGUCCCACCUUCAGACCACCGACCGCAGUGACCCGGCACCGGGGAGCAGGUGAAUGCGGGGCAGGCGCUGCCAGUGAACCGUGCCUCAGGCUGCUGACCGAGGCUGGCUGGACCGUCACCGCCCGGCCCUUGUACUCAGGGCUGGCGGGUUACACUUGCUCAAUAAACUCCUUGUCAGAACGAGCUGGAACCGUCCUUCCGGGGCCCGGGGAGGCAGGAGCCGGGCGCUGGGUGCGGAGCUGCCGCCCCAGUCCCGGGGCUUCGGGGACAAAUCCGUGGGAGGGGAACCAAUCGGCGAGGUGAGCUUGAUCCAA